UGCGCGCAUGUCGCUCUCUCUAUCGUAGUGAUAGUUCGUAAUAAGUUCGUAGCAUUAACGUUAGUUAAGAUGUGUUUAGCUAAGGAAGAGAAUUCACCGCAAAAGGAGGUGUCGCCUCCGAGGUCGCCUUGGGCAAAGCUUCUGAACCGACAGAACUCCAAACCGAGGCUUCCUCGUAAAGUGGCGAGCUCUACGCGUGUGAAUCUUAACAAGUGCUGGUCGAAGCUUGGAGAGCUGAUCUCCAACAAUUCGCCGCGCGCUGACCUGCCAUCACAAAAGACUGCAUAUCCUGAGGAACCUAUUAUAGUGCCUUUCUCCGACUUUUUCUAUCCCUUGGACCCGGUCAAACCGGCGCCAGUGGAAGACGACGACAACGCUGAAAAUCAGAAUAUUGUCAACACGAGUCGCUUCGAGCUGAUUUCCGACGAUUCUGAAAUCAACGACAACAUGGCCAACGAAGUACGGGAAAUCUGCUACGCCGCCAACAAGCACAACUGUUUCGUAUGUAAGAUUUGUUAUUAAUCUAAUUCGAUAUUUGCUCAAUCGUCCUGUCUUCCAUCUUUCAAAUUUUCUUUUCUGAUUAAAUCUUAAAUUGUUUCGGUAAAGAUGCAGUGAAAACAAAAUCUUGUCUUCCAACAAGUAGAUUUAGUGGCUCGCGGUUCGCGGGCAGUCCAUGUCUUCCAUUAGACUUAGUGCAGUGAGUUGGUGAUACCACGCUUUCGGCUCAGAGUUUAAAUGUGAUUUUAGGUGUCGUUUAACUGUGAUCUCUAGCGUUAUGUGUCUCUGAGCGAACGCGAUGUAACAUCACUCGCUAUAAAUUAGUUUCGAUAUAAUGUAACAGUAUAAAAUUGUCCAUUCAAGUUUUGGUAGACAGCUUUAACGACAAACUGCACUGUAAUUAUUGACGCACCAGUUUCAGGCUAUCUCAAAUUCUUGGUCUUAGCAGUUUCUGCUUAGUUUUUGUUUAUCUUUGUCCAACGUCUUCCAUUAGUUUUAAGAGAGUUCUAUUAUAUGUUGUCUGUGAUACAAAGUUUAUGAGUAAACGAAGCUUUAAUUAGGUUAAGUAAAAAUGAUUAUUUGAAGGUAAUUAAGCUCUAGUUUGUAACUUGGAUAUUGAGUGCUCGGGAAUGUUAGUAAUGUAUUUUACUUAGGUAUCAAAUCCAGUGUUUAGUUAAGUGUUUAAAAGUUAGUUUUUGGUAUGAACUAAGACAUAUCAGUGACAAAAGCUUUAAUAGUUUAUAAGUUUGUACAUUACUAAUUGAACGAAGUUAUUCAAGUGUUCAUUAAUAUGUAUAAGUUUAGUAUGUAUGAUCUAAAACGGGCCGAAUGUGUCAAUUAAUUAGACUGUAAUUUAGAAAUUUCUUAAUGUAGCUGUAACUUCCAUGUUAUUUGAUUCCUUGUAUCUUUAGUUUUUAGUUUAUUUGAAUUUACUUAAUGAAUUCUUCCUUAUGUGUCAAUUAAUUAGGUUAUAAUCCUCCUUUCAAAUUUACCAUUCGAUUUCUCUUUUUGGCAUUAGAAUAAGUUUUAGUAUUAAUAUUUGUUAAGGAAUUUCAAGACUUUCGUUUGAUCUCCCAGUCUUAAUAAAUAACAAAUUAUCAAAUA